CGGAACAAGAUGACAACUAUAAAAUAAUAGGUGCUUAAAAGGGCAUUAUUUAUCACAUAAGCGACAUGUGUUUCUGGAAAUGUUUUCUUGUCACGUUAUCUGCAUAGUUUAGACAAAACUAGUGACUACUGUAUCUACUGGUGAAGUUUAUUAUAACUAAUGUCCAACAUGUAAAAAUGUUUUACUUACACGCCGGAAACUUGUUAUAUUGGCCGGAGUUUAUAGCCUAACACUAAAGUCUUUCGAAAAUGUAAACGGUUGCAUCCACAAAAACAGUGGAUUUUUUUUUAAGUGCAAAGUAGCACUAUGCAAUAUGGCGGCGCUGUUCGACCACCGACGCUAAUACAGUAGCCUGCCUGCAGCCAAUCAGUCUGUGUGAGAUAUCUAUGGUUAAACUUUAAAUACGGUGGCAGUGAGCUUCAUUCCAGAGUCCCACUUCCGCCUGCUUCUGUAACACAGCAGUCUAUUCAUCUGCGCAGAUCCAGACUAAGACUAUGGCUUCGAAUGAGAAAUGUUAUGGAAAAGGAAGCUGUUCUCCAGGGGCUGUUCCCAAAGGCCAGAUACGAGUCUAUAGUAUGAGAUUCUGCCCAUACGCCCAGAGACCCAGACUGGUGCUCAAAGCUAAGGGCAUAGAGGCUGAAAUUGUCAACAUCCAUUUAAAAGAGAAACCCGAGUGGUACCUGGAGAAAAACCCUCUUGGUCAAGUGCCUACAGUGGAAACCUCCAGUGGUCAUGUGGUUUAUGAAUCACCAAUCACAUGUGAAUACCUGGAUGAGCUGUACCCUGAGAAAAAACUGUUUCCCUCUGAUCCCUUUGCAAAAGCCCAGCAGAAGAUGUUGUUGGAGGAAUACUCAAAGGUCAUUCCUCUGUUCUACAAAAUUCCCAUGACAAAAAUAAAAGGUGAGGAUGUGUCGGCACUAGAAGCAGAGUUGAGGGAAAAGCUCUCCAAAAUGAACAAGGUUCUUAUUAACAAGAAAACCAAAUACUUUGGAGGUGAUUCAGUGACUAUGAUUGACUACCUGAUCUGGCCCUGGUUUGAGAGGGUGGAGGCCUAUCAGAUCAAACACUGUCUGGAUGGCAAACCGGAGCUAAACAACUGGAUUUCACGCAUGCAAGAGGAUCCAGCAGUGAAGGCACUGAUGUUCAGCCCAGCUGACCACAAAGCCUUUUUUAACUCGUUCUUGGAGGGACAUGCCAAUUAUGACUAUGGCUUAUAAAAAUGUCAAAAAAAAAAAAAAAGAAACUUUAUUAACAAGAAAAUCAAAUAAGGAAUAAUUGUUUUUCAGUACAUAAAUUUGUACAAGUACAAUGCCUUGUCACCUACUCUUUCAUGAAAUGGUAUUAAAGUACCUUUUGUUAAAUUCCA